CCCAGCUGCACUCGGCGCGGACGCUGGGUCCCACGGGUUGGCGGCAGCCAUGGCUCCAACGCACCUCUGGAACUGGCGCGAGGAGUGAGGGGCACACAACGAACGUGCGCGCGGUUUGAUGAUGUCACAGGGCGUUCCUACCCGGGCGGAAGCCCUGGGAGCGCGUCUCAGGCGAGCGCGGGUCCCGGGUGUUCCCUGGUGGAGUCUUCUCUGCACUGAGCGGUAGGAGGCGAGUCUUGAGCUCCCUGUUCCGGCAGCAGCUAUCGGAGGCUCCCUGGCCCUUAAUUCAGGGAACUGAGCCGUGGUACUAGGAUGGGAAACAGUGCCCUCCGUGCUCAUGUGGAAACAGCGCAGAAAACUGGUGUCUUUCAGCUUAAAGACCGUGGACUGACCGAGUUCCCCUCAGAGUUGCAGAAGCUGACAAGCAAUCUUAGGACCAUCGAUUUGUCCAACAACAAGAUCGACAGCCUCCCACCUCUGAUAAUAGGAAAGUUCACUCUGCUAAAGAGCCUCUCUCUCAACAACAACAAACUGACUGUUCUACCUGAUGAAUUAUGCAAUCUGAAAAAACUAGAGACACUAAGUCUCAACAAUAAUCACCUGAGAGAGCUACCGUCUUCCUUCGGGCAGCUGUCGGCUCUGAAGACCCUGAGCCUCUCUGGGAAUCAGCUGGGAGCAUUACCACCCCAGCUUUGUAGCUUGAGGCAUCUGGAUGUAGUAGAUCUCUCCAAAAACCAGAUUCGGAGUAUUCCUGACACAGUCGGGGAGCUGCAGGCCAUCGAACUCAAUCUCAACCAGAACCAGAUAUCUCAGAUCUCCGUGAGGAUAUCCUGCUGUCCUCGCCUCAGAGUCCUCCGGCUGGAAGAGAACUGCCUUGAGCUCAGCAUGCUUCCGCAGAGCUUCCUCAGCGACUCCCAAAUCUGCCUGCUUGCCGUGGAAGGCAAUCUCUUUGAAAUAAAGAAACUUCGAGAACUAGAGGGUUAUGAUAAGUACAUGGAAAGGUUCACAGCCACCAAGAAGAAAUUUGCAUGAUGUUCUCCAGGACCAUGGGACACUGACUUGGAACUCUGUUGGAAUCUGACUGAGUCAAAGGCUACUGAUGAUGGAUACGCUGCGGACACGCUGCAGAUAACAUUUUACUCAAUGACUUUUUCCUCUUUAGGACUAUGUCAGAUAAGCUAAAGGAAAAGGAUUUAGGAGUAGGAGACAGGAAGAACCCUUCAUCUUCAUGUAGGGCCGUGGCCAGUGCUGAUCUUCAAACCAUCAUUAGUUGAGCUCUAAGGAGCAGUAGGUAGUGGCUGUUCAUGCAGGCGAGUGCUGCCCGACAGAGGGAGCCGUGCCGCAGCUUGAGACUCUAUUGAGUUGCAGACGUCAGCUUUCAUAAGUCAGUCCCCGUCACCUCUGUGUUAACACUUCACAUCUUUUAUGAAAUUCUAAUUUGUGGGAAACAUGUAUGGCUAAGGGUGAAUGCUUUUAGCAGCGUUUACUCUUGGAACUUGGGAUGUACAUGGCUAUGUAGCUGUCUUAAAGAGAGCUUUGUCAAGAGGGGCACCAACACAACAGCCACCAAGAAUGUUCCCCAAGGUGCAGUAGCAAAUUUUUUUUUUACUAUUGCAGGUGCCUUAUUGGUAGAGGGCUCUGAAAGAGCUAAAACUAUAUGCAAAAAUUAUAAAAACUUUUUGUUUUUAGACAGGUUUUUGCUAUGUAGCCCAGGCUGGCCUCGCCCCACCUCAAACCUCUCCUCUCCCCCACAUGCUGGGAUUAUAGGCAUGCGCUACACAGCCUACUUGUAAGAUUUUAAAUUUUAGUAAUCAAGAUUUUCUUGAAGCUUUGUUAAAAAUCAUGUGCUAUUCUGGUAACUCCUCCCCUUUUUGUAUUUAUAACUACUAAUCAGAUUACCUUCAAGAAAACCAUUGCUACAAUAUUUUAAAAUAACCUAUGUUUAUCAUGGUUAUUCUCUGAAUGAGAGAAUAUUCUAAAUAAAAUAUUUUUAGUGAA